GUGGGCCCUUUAAGCAGAACGAUGUGACGUCAUCGGGUCAGGGGUUUACAGCUAUGGCGUCGGGAAAUGGACUUGCUUCUCUGGGCGUGGAGGGAGCUACAGCAGCCGCACAGGCUCUGUCUCUACCAGCUGAGGCUUAUGGGAACGAUCCUCAACUGGAAGUGAUGUGGGCGAUGAAGGCUUACAAUCACGCAGAGAUCUACUUCAAUCUGAUCUCGUCGGUAGACCCCAGUAAUCUGAAGUUGACCAAGGUGGAUGACCGGAUCUAUACAUCCUUCAAAGAAUCUUUCUCAGACCUCAACAUUAAGAACUUGGACCCAGACAUGCUCAAAACGGCAGAGGCCAAAGAGAAGUGGCGUCCAUUCUGUAACCAGUUUGACGGAGUGGUGGAGGACUUUAACUACGGGACUCUGCUACGACUUGACUGUGUGAAGGACUACACAGAGGAAAACACCAUAUUUGCCACCAGGAUCCAGUUCUUUGCCAUCGAGAUCGCUAGGAACAGAGAAGGAUUCAACACCCCUGUUUUCCAGGCUAAAAAGCAGCCUUCUUAAACCCAUAGCCUAUAACCCAACCUGCUAUAACCUCUAACCCAGUAACAGAGAAAGUUGUCAGUCCUGUGUACCAGGUAAACACCCUUCAUAAACCCUACCACCACCACCUCUAACACAGAGAAAGUUGUCAGUCCUGUGUACCAGGUAAACACCCUUCAUAAACCCUACCACCACCACCUCUAACACAGAGAAAGUUUUAACAACCCUGGUUACUAGUGUAAACAUUCCCAAUGCUUGACAUACCACCAUCUCCUUACAAACUUUACCUGUGGUCACCCACCUUGUUGACAACAUAGAUGGUCUACUGGAAACUAAACCAGGGGCACGUUCAACAGGGGUAUAUUCUUUGCGUCUUGCAACAGAAAACAUUUAAGAACCAAAACUAAACCAGGAGGAACCUACCUGAAUUUUUACAAUAGAAACUCGUUUUCCGUUUGGAAUAAAUGGUUUGUUGCAAAACGUUUUGUAACAAUCUGUGUAAUACACCCCAGGGAACCUUAAGAUAAAUAUGUACAACAAACAAUUCACAGUAUUUCUAUCUGCAACAUUUGCUUACUGAACAUGGCCCAGAAGUCCACCCCCCCCCCUCUCCACACACACAUGCCUGCAUCCCACAAGUGUGUGUGUGUGUGUACUGAUGUCUAAACUGAGCAUCGUAGCUAUAUGUAAUUAGCUUUCCUCUUAUUUGUGCCAAGCACUUCUGGGAUUGCGUAUGUCCUUGUACAAAGUUGUAAGUGUCUUUCAAAUGGCACCAUAUUCUCUAUAGUGAACCACUUAUGACCAGAGCUCUGGCUAGCAGUUGUGCACUAAAUAAGAAAUAGGGUGUUCUUUCAGAUUUACCCAGUGUACCCGACUGCAUUUGGUUUCUGGCCUUGUCAUGUGUUUUAUAUAUACACACACACAGUUGAAGUCGGAAGUUUACAUACACCUUAGCCAAAUACAUUUAAACU